CGUCUUUCUUCCAUUUAACAUCUUCCACUUCAUCAACUGCUCUUGGAAUCAUAUUGAUCCCACCAACACCAAACAGCCACCACCAUGUCUGAACCUCUCACCAAGGUCGAUUCCGCCGUCCAAGGCCUGUCAUCAUCGCCGCCGAAAGAGAAGGGCCAUAGGAGAACAAGCUCUAGCGCGGCUGGUGUCAUGACCAUUGCGGAAAUCAACGAAAGCAACGCGCCCUUGGAUCUGGCGCUGGAGACACAGCAGACUGCUUGGAAAAUCAACCAGCGGCCAAAGGAUCUUGACAAUGAUCAGCUGCUACAGAUCCCCCUCACCAAGCCUCCGAUCAAGAGCAUAACGCUCAAGUUCCCCCAUGGCAAAGAGGUCGUGGCUCGCAACAUGAAGGGCCUGACAAUAGGCGACGCACUGUCGGCCAUUUACAAGGCGAACAAGAACCGAGCUGAUGAUGAGCUUGACAACCCAUACCUCAAGGGCUUCGCAUGGGAACGAGGCGAAAACUACUUUGAAGUGCACCUCCAGAGCCAGCCGGCGACGGGCUCGUCAAGCGGCGGCGGCGGUGGCAACAAGGAUGCGGACGAGUAAAUGACCCAUC